UUCUCAUCAGUUUAACCAUAAAACAACGACAAAACGAGAAAAAUACCCCUCUUUCUUUCUCGCUCUCUCUCUAAAACCCUAGCGUCUUUUACUGAAUCUCAAGGCCUCUCGAUGGAUAUCGAGGAGGAUAUUCGCUCGUUGCAGCUUGAUUCAUCUGCAGAAGAUAAUAAUAUGUCACCCGGAGAUGCGACACCGGGAGAUGCGAAGCCAGAAGAAGUUGAAAAAACUGAUAACAUGGAAAUAGAUUUGAAGGAUCAGACUCACGUGAACUCUUCUUCAGUGCAGGUGGAGCCAAAAGGUCCUUCAGAAGUGAAAGAGAAGGAAACCUCUGCUUCAGAAGGUAUUGAAGACGACGCUGAAGAAAACAAGAAGCGACACUUGAAUGUUGUAUUUAUUGGCCACGUUGAUGCUGGUAAGUCCACUAUUGGAGGCCAGACACUAUUCCUUAGCGGUCAGGUUGAUGAUCGUACAAUCCAGAAGUACGAGAAAGAAGCAAAAGAUAAAAGCAGGGAAAGCUGGUAUAUGGCAUAUAUUAUGGACACUAAUGAAGAGGAGAGGGUUAAGGGUAAAACAGUUGAAGUUGGAAGAGCACAUUUUGAAACAGAAUCAACGAGAUUUACAAUUUUGGAUGCACCGGGUCACAAAAGUUAUGUCCCAAAUAUGAUCAGUGGGGCAUCUCAAGCUGAUAUAGGUGUUUUGGUGAUAUCUGCUCGGAAAGGAGAAUUUGAAACUGGGUAUGAGAGAGGUGGACAGACUCGGGAACAUGUCCAACUUGCCAAGACUUUGGGCGUUUCUAAGAUGCUUGUUGUUGUAAAUAAAAUGGAUGAACCAACUGUGAACUGGUCGAAAGAAAGGUUUGAUGAAAUUAUGUCAAAGAUGACGCCCUUCCUAAAAGCUUCAGGUUACAAUGUGAAGAAAGAUGUUGCAUUUCUUCCAAUAUCUGGUCUUAUUGGUACAAAUAUGAAAAAAAGAGUGGAUAAAAGUACUUGUUCAUGGUGGAAUGGUCCGUGUCUUUUUGAAGCUCUUGAUGCUAUUGAAAUACCACCUCGUGAUCCUAAUGGUCCAUUUAGGAUGCCUAUUAUUGACAAAUUUAAAGACAUGGGAACUGUUUUGAUGGGCAAAGUAGAAUCUGGUAGUGUGCGGGAGGGUGAUAACCUGUUGGUCAUGCCAAAUAAGGCUCAGGUGAAAGUUCUUGCCAUAUAUUGUGAUGAUAAUAAAGUUCACCGAGCUGGACCUGGUGAGAAUCUACGAAUUAGAUUAUCGGGCAUUGAGGAGGAUGACAUUCUAUCGGGUUUUGUCUUGUCUAGUGUUGCAAAGCCUAUAGCUGCAGCCUACGAGUUUAUUGCCCAGUUACAGAUACUUGAGUUGCUGGACAAUGCAAUUUUUACUGCUGGCUACAAGGCUGUCUUGCACAUUCAUGCUGUUGUUGAGGAAUGUGAGAUUGUUGAGCUAAUACAACAAAUUGAUCCGAAGACAAAAAAACCCAUGAGAAAGAAAAUUCUCUUUGUGAAGAAUGGAGCUGUUGUUUUAUGCCGCAUUCAGGUGAAUAACAUGAUAUGCAUUGAGAAGUUCUCUGAUUUUCCCCAGCUUGGAAGGUUUACUCUUCGAACUGAAGGGAAAACGGUUGCAGUGGGGAAAGUCACUGAUCUUUCUUCUUGAAGUUAAAAAAACAAUUUUGGCACAAGAGGCAAGCUGAAUCUGGAGGACAAUUUUUUUUAAAUGUACACAAUUAGGGGCAGCACAGGAUUUUGCUUCCCGCUGAGACAUUGCGUGCAACUCUAUGAAUUGCAUCGAUACUGAUAUAUAGCAUGAUAAAGCUCCUGGAGAUGUUUGAUGGAUGGUUGGGACAUUGUUGCUGGUGUCCAUGUUUUUGGCUUAUGUUUCUGUUUUUGAAGGGUACGAUUAUUCUGAUUGUUGAUGGGGGGUGAAGGUUGACCUAAUUUAUAUAACCCCUUCUUUAAGUAACCUCUACUAUUAUAUUUGUUGGUUUAUGAAAGAUGUGCUCAAGUAUGUAUUGCUUCUA